AAUCGAUGCUGACUGUUCUUCAUGUGACCCGCAUCGACCUCUUGGUUCUGGACAUCGAGGGGGCCGAGUUGGCUGUUCUUAAGCAUUUUGACUUGGCAAAGUUCGAUGUUCAGGUCAUUUUUAUGGAGUGGAAGCUCGUAAAUGAGCUAGACGAUAUUUCGAAGGAUUUCGAUAAAAGGGGAUACAAAGAGAUUGCCAGGCAUGCGGAGGACGUCAUCUUUGUCAAGAAGGGUUCACCAUACAUGCCAAAAGCCCCUCUACGACUGCCCGAGUUCAGUAAGGAGAGAGAAGAGCUCUUGAGAGAUGCCAGGAAGCUGAAGAAAUAGAUUUAGAUACUCGUAUAGGAAUGACACCAUAUAUAGUUUUUAUUCAAAUAUGAGAACGGUAUGAAAAGUGAUCUACAUUCAUGAAAGGGUAUUAGAUUUUCAUUCAUGGAAGGGUAUCAAAUUAAGUUGACAGCAUAUGGCAAAGAUGAAAGGUUAUUAGCAAGACAUGCUUCCAAAAACCUAAGAACAAAUAUGAAGUGAAAUAAGCUGACAGAACGGUUAGCCAAAAUAAAGUAAUAAUUAAAACUUUUAUGGAGAAUUUUAUGACCGGGGGUGGAUGUUGGAAUCAUCUGUACUGAUAAUUUCGGGAACAUGUGGCAACGUUUUUGAUGUGGCUUAACUUAUCAUGAAAUGAAAAGACUUGUAUACAAUCCAAAUUGCAAGCGAUAUAUAUGUAAAAAGAGCCAGAAUUACUUUGUCAAAAA